AUGGUGACACCAUGCUAUAUUGAUUCCUAUUUCUAUCUAUCUAUCUAUCUAUCUAUCUAUCUAUCUAUCUAUCUAUCUAUCUAUCUAUUCGUUCACAUAAAUUUUCACGAGGAACGGCUUCCCUCCAUGUAUCGCAAACACGUUUUUCCUCCUCACUACCAACUUUUUUACAACCUUGUGGAUUUGUUACUAGAUCCUUCUAAACCGGGUCGCCGAAGACAACAUCCACCCAUCCCCCCUUUGGUAGAGAUCGUGCCACCUGUUUCGAUCCAGCCUACAACUGGCAACUGGAUGACAGCAGCCAGCGUCUAUAAACCGGUCAUGUCUCAUCAUUAUAACACUGUUUUUCUAUGUUUGUUGUCUGAGAAAACAGGGCCCCGACAGCAUCUAUCUAUCUAUCUAUCUAUCUAUCUAUCUAUCUAUCUAUCUAUCUAUCUAUCUUCAAUAUCUAUUUAUCUACCUCGCUUCAUUAUCUAUCUGUAUUUCAUUAUUAUCUAUUUAUAUUUCAUUAUCUAUCUAUGUCAUAUUUUGUAA